GGUCUGAGGCAUUUAACUUUGGGGACAGGCUGAUCACAACAUAGUGAACAUCCUGCUUGUAUCAAGUUACAGCUACUCCAUUUGAGAUGAAUUUGAGUUGACUCACUAAGUUAUGUUGAGUGAUUUGAUAGCAGGGGUAUUUUUAAACUGAGGGGUUUUAUUUCAGGAAACAUGAAUGUGGGAGUUUACAACUCAAAGCAAUUGGAGCACAAAGUUAUUAUUUCAUCUAAAUUGCAUUCCAUUUCUCUGAUAAUCAAACUGAUUUAAGGGGCAUUAUUGGUGCCAGUCGUGAAAGAAAUGUAAAAGGACCAGGUACCACACUUAGAAACAGACAGUGACAGGUGACAAGUCGUUUUAGAAAGCUCCACCCCCCAAUAUUUAAAACAUGUCUUUUCACUGGGUUGAUUUGACUCUGUCCUUGGCUCUGCCCCAUUCCACUGCUCAGUCAGUAUAAUAUAAAUAAGAGAACCUCCUCAUCAUCCAGCAAAUCUGCAGGUCCUGCCAGCCAAGCCUCACCUGAACCUACCACACAGCCCCAUAAAGAAACAAGACAAAAGAGAGAAGGAAGAAACAGAUAAGGCAAAAUACAAGAGCCUGUUCAAUUAGAGGAGGAGGGGAGGAAGAAGAAGAAGAAGAAGAAGAAGAAGAAGAAGUCCCUACUGCUGAGUGAAGAUGAUCCGGUGGACUGCUCUGUUUAUGUCUUCCUGUUGUUUGGCUCUGAGUGGAGCUGCAGCAGCAAGCACGAGACUGGAGAGGAUAGAAACAUGUGGCACCAGGUGUUCACAGGGCCUUCACUGCAAGUCCAAGCCAGAUUAUCUGUUUACUCCCACGUGUCAGAUGCCUCCCAAGGGUCUAAACACGUCCUCUGUGUUCCACAACAUCAGCCUGUCCACAGUCAUGAGGUGUGAGGGGAGACAGAGGUGCUCCCUGCAUCUCAGAAUCAAUACUCUGUUACAACUUAAUGAAUCCAUCCAGGGCGUGUCUGUUUGCACCGCCACUGCAGGGAUGAUGGUUAACUGUCGCAUCUUUAGGUUUUCAAGAUCGUCAAGACAAAGAAUGUCUGGACUGCAGGUGGAAGUUGAAAAUGAUUGCGCUUCCCUUUCCCCAAGCCAACAAGUGCAAGUAUUGGUCAAAACUGUGCCGAGCUACUGUGGCCUAACGUGGACGGGAUCGUACAGCGCUCCAGAGUGUGUCAGUGAAGAUUUGAGAAGACAUGUCCCUGAAUGUAUCACCGGCACGCUGUUAUAUGACAUAAACCCAGAGAGGAAGGAGCUCAGAGUGGGUGUAGCAGACAUGCUCGAGGGUCACAACUACCACCUGCGUCUGUGCUACAAGGAUUUCCUCUGCUUUGGCACAGAGGCGAAGGCACUGAUAACAAAGGAGAACCCUGUGAAGAGUGCCGUUCUCCCCUACUCAAGACCUUUGCCCUGUCUCUGCAUUGAGGGAUGGUCAGCUGUGGUGGACGCCCUGAGAGUCCAGGUCUGCCCGUUCAAAGACCGUCUUGAGGAACUGUGGUUUGGGAUCACCUUUGACCCACUGGAGGAGACACUGUCUUGGGAGCUGCGCUGCCCAGUUCCGACUGUGGUCUCGCUGUGUCUGAAGGAAGACGAUGGCGUCUGCGUGGAUCUGCCUCACGCCUCCCAGAACGUUAGCAGAGGAAAGGUUGCUUUCAGUGAAGUGGAUCCACACCCUCAGUUGUGCAUAAAGUUCACUGUAGGCACUCAGUCCUGGACCAGGUGCCCUUUUGCUGCUGGAAGUUUUCAAGUGUGGGAUGUGGUUUCGCCGAGACGGCCGGGUCACGAAGGAGUGAAGCUGCGGUCAAAGGUCAAUGCUGCCUUUCUUGUAGGCUGGUGUGCAAAGUCUGCCGAGUGCCACAUCACCAAAACACACACCGUGCACGCGGAGAAAAAUACACCUGUUGCUUUAAACAUGAAAGAGGAACUAUGUGACUCCUGUGUCCAGGUGAAGAGGCUGGAUGUGAAGUAUGGGGCUACAGUUAUUCACUGUACUGAGCAAUGCAAAAACAUUUUACCUCUCAGCCGGAACAUCCCCAGUCAGACCUUGUGGGAUUGGACGUGGGUCAUUGUGCCUGCAGGCGUUUGCCUCUCUGGUAUCAUAAUUGUCGUACUGGUUCUCCAUUUCAUAUUAACUGUGCAUCAGAGGAGGAAACAAAAAAGAACUGGAAAUGAAAAGCAAAUAGAUCCUGCUCUUGACUGUGUGGUCCCUGCAUUACAAAGUCAUCCCCACAGAGGGAUCCUCGUACCUGAUUCCCCACAGUGUGGCAACACAGAGAAGGCAAAUUUAAUCUCAGAAUAACCUGAGCUGCAGUCAAAAGCAAGACUUUAUACAUGCAGUGUGAAGCUGUAAAGACAUUCAAACUAAACUAUUUCUCUGUUGAAUGCAUUGCACAAUGCAGAGAUGGAUUUUUGGAACAUCAGCAUGUGUGUGUUAUUGUGUACGAGCCAGUUAUUACAUGUGUGCAUCAGCUGUUUAUUAUGUAUAGUGUGAUGUCUGUUAGGGUGAAAGUUACUGUGUAUAUUGUCAUUUCAUUAAGUUAUGUUAUAUUCAAUUAUGUUUACAGCUAAAACUUCAUUGUUGUUCAUUUUAAAUGUCCAGUGUGUAACAUUUAGGAGGGAUUUAUUGGAAGAAGUUGAAUAUACUCCCCUAUAAGUAUGUUUGUAUUGGCGUAUAAUUGCUUUAAAAUAAAACUAGUUUGGUUUUAAUGGCCUUAGAAUAAGCCUUUAUAUGUACGACUUAAAUAGAGAAAUAGCAGAAGCUUACAAUAGUUCCAUGGUCCAUUAUUUACUAAUUCAUAAAUCAGACAAUUGCAUCAGUCCGUUUGACACCCAGUGCUGUUAAUGACUUUUGUGUUGUACAGAAUGCGAGAAGUCUGUUUUUGUCCACACCUUACAUGGGCCCCGACAGGCAAAAGGUCUUUUGGUAUUUGAACUGAACCGCUUUUGAGAAAUGAGCUGUUAGCUCACAUUCCCCCAUGACUAUGUUUCCAUACUUGUUCAGACAAGCAAACGCUACUGUUUGUUGUGUUCCUUUGAGCUUGUCUCAUUUCUUGGCAAGCAUCAGAUACACAGCAUGCCUUAGAUGGGAAAUGUGAGCACCUCUUACUAGACUGCAAAACAACAAACAUUUGUUUUUGUGGAAACACUUGAUGCAUCACACAUGAUAAAGUGAUAUAAAUCAAUAUCAAUAUUUCUAUAUUAUCAAUGGAUAAAAAUCAACUGUAGAGACUGCCGAUCAUUAGAAGGACACAGAUGUUUCAAUAUCUUUAUUUUUUUGUCUGGGGUUAUUCUCAUUAGCAGAUCUGAUAAAGUUGGACCUAGAGGCUAAGAUUAAUGCUAUCAUUGAUUUGUAUCUGUUCUUGUCAGCUGUGAGGUGAUAUAUCUGUCAGAAAAAUCUAAUUUAAAAUGAGUUCAUUGAGUAAGUACGAGUAAAUUUAUAUUUGCUUUUCAUGCUUCAAUCAAUUUUUAAACGAUUGAGCUAUGAAAUGUCUAUUUUCCUCUUUGCAUGUACAUGCUAAUAACAAAACAUUUUUUAAAUGUGCGGGCCCUCGCAGCCACUGUACUGCAAGCAGGUGGCGCUGUGGUCUUGACUUUUCCAGUCAAAAGUGUCCUGUCUCAUCAGUUUUGAGCAGAUCGGUCAAUGCAUGGCAGAGUUACCCUGCACUUCCUGUUUCGCGGCAAAACAGCAGCUAAAUUAGAUGGCUGACUUCCUGUUGGGUGAAGUUCUCGUGCACAGAUGUGUUCAGGGACUCUUGCCUCUUGUGUCAUGUAUGACCCUUCGAGCAGAUCGGUCAAUGCAUGGCAAAGUUACAGGGCGCUUCUGGUUUUGUGGCGAGACCUUUGGAUAACUUAAUUGACAAACUGAUGUUUUUCUAAAAUGAUACGAUUAUCGUGCUCGAGACGAGUUCGUUCAUUUACGAUAUGUGCAAAUUGCCAAGAUGGAUGCCAAAUUCACUACCUGUUGAGUUGAGGUCAUGGUCCCAAUAGACCUUUUGUUCAUUUUGGGCUGUAGCAUGUUUCCACCAAGUUUUAUGAAAUUUGGUGGAACUUAGUUUUGACUGUGUCCUACCGGGUUUCACCUUUGGGGGCAAUACUGAGCACAAUUUUGCGAAAUCUUUGGCCAUUUCUUAUUUGUGUGCCACUUUUCGUCCAUUUUCACCAACUUUUAGUGCCUCAAAAAUGUGAUCCUUUCAGGAUUCAUGAAUAAAUAAAAAUCCAGGAAAUCCAAUAGGUCCUCGCACCACUGUGUAAGGGCUCGGUCCAUAAUGAUAAUUCGGACAUGAUAUGCUUUUAACGAUAGAAGCAAUAACUGAAUUGCACUUGUCUUUCCCGCCUUAAACCAAAAUUGAAUGACGUGUCUUGAGACCUUAACCCCAUGUCAUAUUUCCAGAUUCAAUGCACAUCACAGG